GGCUCUCGGUGUGGGCGCCAUGUUGGAUUGGCCGGAGUGUGCACGAGAUUUUGUUUUGGGUGGAGGGCCUGCCGAGUGCCUGUUUUGUUCAUCUAUCUGAGCACAAAUGUUUAUGUACAGGGUUACAGUGCGACAGGUGGGGGGUGGCCAGUGAAAGUAUGACUCCUUCCGGGACCCCUAUGCAUGUCAUACCCUGUUGUUGCCACAGAAAAAUCUGGUUGCAGUCGACAGUGUGCCGCCGGGCUCCCAUGCAGCCGCUGGUGCCCCCUUCCCGCGGGUGACGGUGACAGGGCCACACCAUGAAUAGAUACGCCACGCUCCGGCAGCUUGGGGAUGGCACCUACGGCUCCGUGCUCCUGGGCCGCAGCCUAGAGACUGGCGAGCUUGUGGCCAUUAAAAAAAUGAAGAGGAAGUUCUACUCAUGGGAGGAGUGUAUGAAUCUCCGGGAGGUCAAGUCGCUGAAAAAACUGAACCACGCCAAUGUGGUGAAGCUGAAGGAAGUCAUUCGGGAAAACGACCAUUUGUAUUUCGUGUUUGAGUAUAUGAAAGAGAACCUCUACCAGCUGAUGAAAGACCGGAGUCGGCUGUUUCCUGAGUCUGCUGUGAGGAACAUCAUGUAUCAGAUCCUGCAAGGGCUGGCCUUCAUUCAUAAACACGGGUUUUUUCACCGGGACAUGAAGCCGGAGAACCUCUUAUGCAUGGGUCCUGAGCUGGUGAAGAUAGCAGACUUCGGCCUGGCGCGGGAGAUACGGUCCCGGCCCCCCUACACGGACUAUGUUUCGACAAGAUGGUAUCGCGCCCCUGAGGUUCUCCUCAGGUCCACCAGCUACAGCUCUCCGAUCGACCAGUGGGCUGUGGGCUGCAUCAUGGCUGAACUCUACACACUGAGGCCCUUAUUUCCUGGUUCCAGCGAAGUGGACACCAUCUUCAAAAUCUGCCAAGUUCUGGGGACGCCAAAGAAGAACGAUUGGCUGGAGGGCUAUCAGCUGGCUGCAGCCAUGAGCUUUCGCUGGCCACAGUGUGUGCCCAGUAACCUGAGGACCUUGAUCCCCAAUGCCAGCACUGAAGGCAUCCACCUGAUGCGGGACCUACUCCAGUGGGACCCCAAGAAGAGACCAACUGCUAGUCAGGCUCUCCGGUACUCGUACUUCUUCGUGGGCCAGGUUCUGGGGACCCCGCAGCAGAUCCAGGAGCAGGGCAGACCCCAGCCGGCCCCCCUGCAGCUGAAGCCCUUGCCCCCACCGCAGCCUCCGCCCCAGCACAGCUUGCCCUCUCGUCCCCUACAGCAGAUCCAGCCUGGCCCCUCACCCCUCUACCAGCAGAGGGUAGAACCCGAGCAGGAGCCACGAGAGCCGGCCAGCAAGUUGGCCGAGGCUUUGGGGCUGCCGCAACUGCACCUGCCACUGCUCCACGGCAUGGGAAUGCAGAAGGCUGAGCAGCGGUUGGCCGAGGAGACUGAGAACGCUAACCUGGCCGGCUACCUGACGAAGCCCAGAGCCGGCCGGCGGCGUUGGGGCCAUGGGGAAGGGCCUCUGAAAGCUGACCACUGGGACGAUUAUGAGGAAACGGAAGGGCUGUCGGCAGGCGCCUUCUGCAGGACGAAGUUGGCCAAUGACAAGCGGAGGCUGGGAGACGAGGCCCUGGGGAGGUUUGGAAGCGCCCAGGACUUCAGUGGCACUAAUGGAGCCGACGUGGUUGGCCUCGGGAACGCCAAUCUCCCGCCGUCACACCAGGACCUUAGUGUGGCCCGGGCGGCCUCUGCUAAGCAGCAUUACCUGAAGCAAUCUCGUUAUUUACCCGGGAUCACUUCAAAAAAGAUGGUGGCAAUAAAGUCGGAAAAGGAUCACAGCGGAAACAUCUUGUGGGGACGGAACAGCAUCCCCGUGGGAGGAGGGACUCUUCUCAGGGCUGUCCAGGGUGCCAACACCCUUCCAGGUGGAUAUGUGUCCUCAUCUUACAAAAAGGAAACGGGCUUCGCUGGACAGAGGCUUCACAUGGGCCCUGUAAAGGACUCGCCAGUGUCCAAUUAUGCAACAUGGAGAUCAAAUCGGAACGAAGUUGCCGCCACAUCUUAUAUUUCCUCGCCAACCAAGAGCACCCCUGGUCUCAGGCUCCGCCCCCCUGCCGCACCUGUACAUGGUCGUACAGAUUGGUCAGCCAAAUAUGGGCACCGUUAGUGACUUAUGGUGGCCUGGUGGCCAGCCUCCCAUUGGCCACAUUGGCUUAACGCAGCCAAUCAUGUUUUACGCUAGUAUUUUGAUAUAGAACAUGUACAUACAUGAUAUGCAGCAAUAAUAUCUGUUUUGUAUUUGUCUCUGUAUAUAUUGUACAAGUAAAACUCUUUUAUAUGGCUAAAUAUGCACUUAGCCAGAAUUGUUGUUGUUUUUCAUGUGUGUUUUUGUCAUAUGGAAUGCACACUUUAUUGCAGGGUCGAUGUCAAAUGUAGUGUUUGUGACUCAUCUAGAAUCUUUUUUUUCUGUAACCCAGUGUUCACACAGUUUUUUUAAGACUGAGUCUGAGUUUUUUUUGGCACCUGUUAAGGAGCCAUAUAUGCAUUCUGGACCCAUGUUCUUUAUAUGCAGUGAGUAUUUGCAUUUAAAAAGUCACUGAAGAUUUCACAGGACUGACUUGAUGGUUUUUGUGUGAUGAUGGUGUUCGUGCUUCAUUUUUUUUUAUCUGAAUGUCUUGUUUUCUGUUACAGUUGUCAUUGUUUACCUUUUUUUAUUUAAAUAAUAUUUUUGCCGGUUCAGUUGUCCAAUUUUUAACUUUUUGUUAACCGAUGACAUGCUCCAUAUAGCAAUGUAUCCAAGUUAUUGAUGUAUUGUUUGACUACACAUUCUUAGUGUGUCGUAACCAUAUAUAAAUAUUACUUGCGGAUAUAUAUUCUCUAUAUUUUAUAAUUCUGUCCCAUUUCAGUAAAUGUGUUGGCUGUUUUUUAAUUAUGUUUUAAAGUGUCAGUUUCUUAUUUUCAUAACUACAUGCUAUAUAAUAAAAUGUAUUAAAAAUUUGAUAGUAAGG